ACAGCCCCCCCCCCCCACCAUCACCACCACCACCAUCACCACCAUCAUCACCGCCACCACCACCCAGCACCGCCAAACACUAACACACCACCACCCCGCACCACUCACUCUCUCUCCCCACGAACAUGUCCCCUCCUCGCCGGCCACGCUCGCCGCGUGCUUUUUAAAUUCCCCGUCACCAGUCUCCACGCGUCGUUCCCUCUUUUGGACGGGAGAUGAUGGACAGCAGGAUACUGGACCCACCUCACGCGCAGUUCGGAGGCUCCCUCGGCGGGAUGGUGAGCUUCCCCUACCAUUUAAGCCACCAUCCCGUCUACGAGCUCGCCGGCCAUCAGCUGCAGUCGGCGGCCGCCGCCGUCCCUUUCUCUAUUGACGGAUUACUGAACGGCUCGUGCACGGCGUCCGUGGUCAACUCCAACCCGCUGCUGUCCUCCGGAUGCGGGAUGAAUGGAGACAGCCAGCAGUACAAGCUGACAGAUUCUGGAGAUCCAGAGAAGGACAGUCCAGGCUGUAAAAGAAGAAGAACCCGCACCAAUUUCACUGGCUGGCAGCUGGAAGAAUUAGAAAAGGCUUUCAACGAAAGUCACUAUCCAGAUGUGUUUAUGAGGGAAGCCCUGGCACUCAGGCUGGACUUGAUAGAAUCCAGAGUUCAGGUUUGGUUCCAGAACCGCAGGGCUAAAUGGCGCAAAAAGGAGAACACUAAGAAAGGGCCUGGGCGGCCGGCGCACAACUCCCACCCGACCACGUGCAGCGGGGAGCCCAUGGACGCGGAGGAGAUAGCGCGGCGCGAGCGCGAGAGGCUGGAAAAGAAGAAGCGAAAGCAGGAGCGGCGGCUGCUACGGGCACAGGGCAAGCUGGUGCCAGCCGACCUGUUCCACACGCCGGGCUCGGACAGCGACAGUGGCGUGUCACAGAUCACAGAUGGCGAGCAAAGCACGAUGCCCUGCGAGUCGGUGAGAGGGCACGCGCGCUCGAGCUGUGAGCCCUCGGCACCCAAGGGCCCACAGGACCAAAGAGAGGACGGCGGAGACGACGCGAGCUCAGCUCUGGGUCACGGCACCAAGUCUUCGGCGGCCACCUUACAGAAACUUAACCCGUUUAGCGUGGAGAGCCUGCUGGCCGACUCGAGGCCCAGGCGCAAGACCGGCAUGGACUUCCCCGUGUCCCCCGCGCGGCCCUUGAUAGGCAAGGGACACUUUUUGCUCUACCCCAUUACGCAGCCGCUCGGCUUCAUUGUACCACAAACUGCCCUGAAAAGCAGCCCGGCAGCGGGUGAGAAAACUCCGGACUCCACAGACACAGGUGCCGAACACCCGGGACUCAGGCACAGCAAAGAACCAGGCAGUGCUAGUCCAGAGCCGGUUAGAAUAGCGCGCUCACCGGGGAGCCCGACGGAGAAGGAGGCCGAUCUGAGCGGCAGCAGCCCCGCGUCGUCCCCUCAACAGGAGUCGGCGGAGAGGAAGGAGUCAGGGAGCCUGUUUGAGUACCACCAUCACCACCACCAACACCACCAUCACAGCGCGGAACAUACAGCGAGCUGCAGCACCUCCACCACCUCCUCCUCCACUACCAACACGGACACAGAUAAAGACUCAGUCGACGUCGAUAUGGGAUAAAACGUGUAGAAAACAAAACACUUGGAGUGGAGUGAAGAUGAAGAAAGGUGGCAACACUGGCUGUCUCUCUUUCUCUUUCUUUCUCUUACUCAUUCAAAGCUUAACCGAAGAGGAAAAACACGAAGACAUAUCAAAACAUCUCUCUUUGUUCUUUUUACUUUUUAGGCAAUUAUUUAUAUAUAAUUAUGAUUAUAAUUUUUUUUUUUAUGUUUUCAUUUUUUUUGUUGGCAAACAUAUUUUUAUAUGACAUCAAUAGGCCUGUUCUUAUUACACAUUAUAACAUAUUUAAAUUCGGAUUAGGGAAAAUAUCUGUGUGAACACUGUGUAUGUGUGUGGUGGGCUAAAUGUUUAUUGAGAAAAAAAUGAAGGUAAAAAAAACAACAAAACAAAACACAACAAUGCUACUACUACUACUACUGCUAGCAGCUCCAGCAGCUAGCUCUCCCUGUAAGAAACUGUAAAGAGAACAUGACAAAACCUCAAACGUUGUAAAAAGUAUUAAGAUAUUUAUAUAUGUAAGGUUCUUUUUUCAUAAAUAAAUCGAUUGUAUACAAUAA